CUCCGACCAGGCAGUGACCCGACAGUCUCUUUACUCCCAUAAAUUCUCGGGGUUCCCAGAGUUGUAGGGCGUGGCCAUCAGCGACCCUCAUUUCCUGGACUUCCCGGGCGAAACUUGCUAUGCCUCCUUUUGGGAACUCCCAGGCGACUCGGGUCCAGGAGAGUAAGGAGAUCCUUCUGGAGACCCAAGAUGGAGAUGAGAGCUCUUUCAGAGUUAAGAAAUGGCUCUAGAACGGAUGAGAAUGAACCGGACCAGGAUCUAGGGGCAGGUGGUUUCCUGGUCUAGUGCUGCAGUCCCGAACAGCAAGGUGAUUUUUGAGCUGCUGUGCCUUGUGGUGAAAUCAUGUUCAGCUCCGCCUUCAAAGCUGAUCGCCUUCAGGUCAACUUGCAACUGGUUGUCAAUCGCCUAAAACUCCUGGAAAAAAAGAAAACUGAGCAGGUGCAGAAAGCAAGAAAGGAGGUUGCUGACCAUUUGGCUGCUGGGAAAGAUGAACGGGCUCGGAUCCGAGCGGAGCAUAUUAUCCGAGAAGACUACCUCGUGGAGGCCAUGGAGAUCCUGGAGCUGUACUGUGACCUGCUGCUGGCCCGGUUUAGCUUGAUCCAGGCCACAAAAAAAUUGGAUUCCUGUCUGGCUGAAUCUGUAUCUACAUUGAUCUGGGCAGCUCCUCGCCUCCAGUCAGAGGUGCCUGAGUUGAAAAUAGUCUCUAAUCAGCUGUGUGCAAAGUACAGUCAAGAAUAUGGUCAACUGUGCCGAACCAAUGAGAUUGGAACUGUCAGCUCUCAGCUAAUGUGUAAAUUAAAUGUGAGCACUCUAUCCCAGGUUUUAGUGGAACAGUACCUGAUAGAAAUAGCUAAGAACUACAGUGUGCCAUAUAAGUCCAAGACAACCUUGAUGGAUGAAGCCCGAUCAGACCUGGUCGGUGUUGGACUUGCUGAGGAUGUCAAGAAAGGUACCCUUGGCAGAAGAAGUGGAACUGUAGUAGGACCUGGUGAACCGCCUGAGGCAUGGCCUGUACCUGCACCAGGGCCCUUACCUGUGCCAUCCCCAGCCCCUUGUUUCUCAUCCCUUCCUCCUGAAAGUCAGAACGAUUCCUAUAAGAAGAAUGAUUUGCUUCCUUCACCAAUUCCUAGAUUAAAAAAAUGAAUUUUCCUCGGUGCAAUUAUAAUUAUCUCAGGGUAGGGACAGUCUCUUUUGAAAUGUCUGUUACAGUGUGUGAGACUGAAUAAAGGAAAACUCACUAAAAUGGAGCCAGAAAGUCAGAAGGGGAGCUCUCAUGCCCUGUCACUCAUCACCAACUGCAGACCAAACUGGAAGAGAUGUACGUUGCCUUCCCAACAGGAGAAAAACCUGUGCUUCACUAUCCAAAGGGAAGGAGGAAGAUUUUCUCCUAGCCUUGCAACAGUCCAGCCAAUGAGAGACUGUCUCAAUGCAGCCAAUGAAAAGCCACUACACUAUGAACUCCAAGUUCAUUCCAAUGAACUUUUCGUUUAUAAUACCCCCUUCCUUUUUCCCCAGUAAGAGCAAUCCUCUCCUUUGUUCUCUGGUUUUGCUGUAGUUUGCUUGUCCUCAAUUGCAAUUCUUAGCUGUUUCUGAAUAAGCCCAUUUUUGCUGAUAAAAUAAUAAUUAUUUUUUUAAGCUUUAAUUUUUAAAGUUAACAGCAAAUUCUGUGCACCUAGAGCACGCAAUGUAGUGAGGUGGAAAGACUCGAGCAGCAUGUUCAUCACAUGAUUAUUAUAUGGGCUACAAAAUACACAGGUAGCCCCACUUUUCAAAGGUUCAGGUUACAACCACUUUGCUUUUACAAAGACAUAAAUACCUAUUUUUGCUAACUGAAAGAAAUACAAAGAGGAUUUUCACUUUUAUGGAAAAUGGUGAAAAGUGAAAAUGGCAUUCAGCAUUUGUUUUGCCCCAGGCAUUUCUAGAGGCAGUGCACACCGCCAGCAGUCAGAGUAGCAUCACCAAGCCCCUUCCCCAUACUAAGUUCAGAAUCUCAGGAUCAAGCCACCAGAGCUUUGAACUGUGUCUGUGAGCAUCUGUGCAUUGUCUUGCUUUAUUAUAGGUAUCCACUGGCAAGAUGUGUUCUAAGGUAUCAGAAAAUCCUGAGAUUAUCUUUUUGGCCUGGGAAUGCUCAAAAGUUUUCUGUAUAAAUUAGUGUUAACUAGUUCUUACAUUAUGCCAUUUUGGUUUAUGAAAGAUUUCAUACAAACACUCUGUUUUCAGAUAUUGGGGGAGACCUGCAUUCAAUGUUGGAAGAUCUAGAUUUGAGUCUGGUCUCUGCUGUAUGAAGAUGUGGCAAAUCAUUUAGUCUCUCUGAGCUUAUGUUUCCUCAUCUCUAAAAUAGGAAUGAUAAUACUUGACCUGAAGAGCUAAUAUUUAUCAAGCUCUUACUGUGUGCCAGCUGCCGUUCUAAGAACUUUAGAACUACUGUAUCAGCUCAUUUGAUAAUCACACAGACUUAAGAUGCCAAUGCUACUAUUAACUCCAUUUUAUAGAUAGGUACACUGAAGUUCAGAAACGCUCAGAGAUGUUAAUUAACUUGUGGCAGGUCACACAAUAAAAAGGAAGACCAGCAUUUUAAACCCAGGCAGUCUAGCAACAGGAACUUUUAACUAUUAUGCUAUAAUGUCUGCAUGGUUUAUAAGUUCAUGGUGGGUGAAGAACCAAUGAGUCAAUGUAUAUGAAAACACUUUUCAAACUGAAAGACACAAUGCACUGCUGUUACUUGUAGUGAGCAAUCAGUAAACGCUUUAGUAGAAUUGUGUGUGGCACAAAGUUUUUAUACUUACACUCUCAUGACGCUUGAUACUUCUCAAAAUGGUUUCACACAUUUAAGCGCUCUGGAUAAUAAGCCACUUUGAAUCCAUGUGGGAACAAGGCUAGUCAUAAAUAAAUAUUGGACAUCUGAAGCAACAGGCCCAGUGAUGUUAUCUUGUUCAGGGCAGAAAAUGAUUUAAACCCAGCCAGGACUGGCCUGGUAUCUGAGUGGUCUGACUCCUGGCCCAGCCUCUUCGGUUUUGUUUAUUUUUCUUGUUGUUACUAUUUGUUAAAUCAAAACAUACAAAUUAUUAAUCAUAAACAAAAUAAAAAUAAUGAUCUUUUCUCCAAGCUAUUUUCUCUUCCUAGAAGCUUGUCUAAUCCUUUCAGGCUCUUGCUAUUUCAAAAACAAAAAUCUCCUUUAGCCUUUGGAUCCAUUAAAAUACAUUAUCUUAUAAGGACUAUA